AUGGUGCUUCUCCUAGAGGAAGCAGACGAUCCAAAUGCAAAGCUUGCGAUUCAUCCAGGACCCCCUGUUAAUCGCAUCAGCGAGGACGACCUCACUGAACUUGCAACCACAGAUAGUGAGAGCGGAGAAGUGGUCCCGCUAAUUAGACAGGACCCACCACCAUCUUACAGUGAUGUGAGAGUGUUUCAACAAAGACUCAAAUCGGAGGAGGAGUCGUAUGGUGGCCAACGCGCUCGCAGACGAUUCUGCCUCGCGCUGGGCGUGGCGUUCCUGCUCUUUGCUAUUCCUACUGCAACAAUAAUCACUCUCAAACUCACUCUUUCCUCCAGAUCUGCUACAGAGCCUUCGGAAUCGACGACCACCUCGGGUUCACCACAGCCAACGUCUGAUCAUCCAAAUCAUACCCCACCAUGGAGAGAAUACCCAGGGAAGGGUCCUGAUGACCACCGGGGAGGCCCUGACCAUUGGCCUCCUCCUCGCGGGGGUGGUGGAGGUGAACGACGACCGGGAGGUGAUCGCGGAGAACCUCACCGGUUUCCGGAAGGCGAAGGUCACGGUCGUCCCGAGUUUCCUCCUCCGGACCCCGAAGCCCAGCCAAUUUGCGCCGAUUGGACGUCGACUGAGAUAAGCGAUGGCGAACAAGCUAUCCCCGCAUUCAUUUCGACAUUCCCCCUUUCGUACUUUAGCAAACCCAUCUUUAUGCGCUCUUCGCUCAGCAAGGCAAAGGGUCACCUAAGAGUUAGCUUUGUGGAUCAACUGGAACUUGGGCAAGCUUCCGUCCACGUCACGGCCAGCAAGCUCUCACAAGAAGAACUGAAGAAGAUUCGAAUCUGCGUAGACCGUGGAUUUGACGGCAGCUCUAUACUCGACUCUUUGGGAAAUCUCACAAAUACAGCCGAAUUUGAUAUUGCUCUUUCUCUAUCCUCUCAGCAGCCAAUUUUGCCUGGACUCGUCACCGAACUACCUCGGUUUGCCCACUCCUUUGAUGACAGUGGCGUAUCUCGCUUCCGGUUCAUGAGCUUGUAUGGGCAAGAGGGCGAUAUAUCCUUCCAACGCGUCUAUGCAGAUUCGCUCUUCGUGACUAACGUCGGUGGCUCUGUUGACGGAUACAUCUCGACCACGAGAAGGCUGGGGAUCGAGACGACCUCCAAGCCUAUCUCGAUCACUGCAGACCUUUGCAAUGACGGCCAAGACUUCUACCCGGCCUGGGCACGAUUAAGCUCGUCGCAAGCUUCCAUUGAUGCCAAGAUGGUAUUAUGCGAACGAGCAACGGAUAGACCGUGGCAACGUAAUGGCGAGGUCGGUCGAUAUGAUAUUUCCGUGGCAAACAAGGACGCGGCAAUCACGCUAGAGGUUAAGCACGCAGCUCCCAAGCAAGGUUCGUCAUUAUACAUCAAUGUGACGAACGAAGAUACCCUUUCCCUCGGCCGGACACAUAGUGUGGUGACACUGGAUACUGGCUACGAGGGCCGAUUUUUAGUACGAGCACCGGGUUCCUCUACACCUGUUUCUGUGGAGAGCGAGGAGGCUACCGACGACGAAGGUGGCAUUCGGUAUGUGGAGAAGCACACGCUACCCUCGCAGAUCAAUGGGAUCGAAGGAAAGGUCUCUUGGGGCCGAUUUUCUCUGCCCGACCGCCCCAGAAGCGAUGUAUUUGUCAACACGGUGGGCGAAGGAGAGACGGGUCUUGUGUUGCUCGGAGACUGA